CCCGACGGAACAAAAUCAUGUGACUCGGAGAGCUUGUGGUCUCUCAUUGCGAUGCUUGUUGCAUUUCUUCUUCUUCGUCGCUAAACAUACCUCGAUUACAAUCGUUUGCAAACUAGUGCGGCCGCAGCGGCAGAUCAAUUUCAUUUCGCAAAAUGAUUCCGCAGAGUUCGGCGUCAAACUCGACCAAGGUAGCCUUUUUGAUACACCUGCUAUUCAUCGCAUGGGGUGUCCAAGGCAUUUGGAGUCCGGACUCUUAUCUUUUCUACAACACUUUCUUCCUGUUGACGCUGCUGUGGGGAAUUCACAGUGCUGAUGCCGAGGAUCCAAUUCAAUUGAGUCUCUGCAUAAAUAUCCUGAGCAUUGUUCUAGACAUAAUUGUUCUCUCCAUUUACUACCCAACCUUCGUCAGCCUAAUCGGAAGUGAAAGGUUCAGCGUGGGCAUGGCCAUCAUCAACCUUUUGCUACGGCCCCUGUCGGCUUUCGGCCUUUACCGCACCCUUCAGGACAGGGUUGGCUCGACCAACGUCAACAUUCUGCCCGGCGGCCCCAACGUCCUGGGCAACGUUUUUGGACAGACGAGUCCUCGAGGCCCUUACGAGGACAUGGACCAGAGCAGAGGUCAACCGCCCGUGGCACCGCAGGGAGCGGCCGCAACUGCUGACAAGACUUACUACAACAUCGGAUAGCAAGGUUGAGCGUCCUGUAAUUAAAUUGGUGACUUACAAAAAAAUUUUAGUCAGAGCUAGAAAAAAUUUCUUUUAAAUUUGAACAAAAAAUUAAUCACAUCCGCUGGCAAAGUCAAGCAGAAAAAGCAAAUGAGAUAUUGAAAUAUGACACCGCAACCUUAUUAUUUUGCACCCAUCGAAAUUUCGCUUUCUUUAACAUGACAAAACUCACCAAGACAAUAUUUAACUUAGGUUUUGACGUUUCUUCUUAAAACUGUGCCAUUUUUAUUUGAACCGCUAAAAUUCUAAAACGAAGAUAGCGAAUGCUGGUCAAAAUAUUCUUAUACAUAUUAUUGUCUCUCAAAAAGGCAGCUAAAUUAAAAAUAAAAUACACAUUCGAAAACGUAAGAUUAAAAAUUAAUAUUAAAAGCAGGGAUAAUCUCGUACAUCAGCCCUUCACAAAAUAUGAAUUUCCUAUAACAUUAUAAAAAAGCAUAUUAACAUUAUUCCAAGUUUCUUGAUUUGUUUACUUAUUUUUUUUUUUAACAUUUUUUGUUUGCUCUCUGUUUUUGCGUGAUAUAAGAUAAUUAUUAGAUUAGAAUGCUGACAUUUUCUUUAGUAUUAAUUAUCAAUUCUAUUGCUACUUCUAUAUUUUGUAAACGCGGGGGACUUCAUUCUAAAUGUUUCUAAUUUCAAUAAAAUUGAAAAAAAUC